AUGCUCUCUCGAGCAGCAUGGAAGCUCAUCGAGCCCUGGCACGUGUUGUACAGCCUGGCCAAUGGCCAAGGCUCGUACAACGGUGUUACUCAUGCGCUGUCUAUCGAGAAAUAUCUCCUUUCAUCCCGACAACGCCUUCACCUCUCACCUACACGAUCGGUAUCGCACAUGAAAGCAGUCGCAUACAGUCCAGAGCCUUCUCGACCUCGCCAUGUCUGCUCAAGAAAGGCGGCAAAGCUGCUCGCGAGGAGAAGCAAGCGUCUUCCAAGACCGAGUCUACCGUUGACCCCUUCGACUUCUCCGCCCUUGAGUCCGAAAUCGCAAAAACCAUCGAGCACAUGAAAACCGAACUUUCAAAGCUAAGAGGAGGCGGUCGAUUCAACCCGGAAGCUCUCGAGAACCUUCGCGUUCGACCGGAGAAGAACGAGAGUCAGACGGUCAAACUCAACGACCUCGCCCAAGUCAUUCCCAAGGGCAGGACGGUGCAGAUAUUGGUGGGCGAGAAGGACCACGUCAAGCCUGUCACCACCUCCAUUCAGUCAUCCAACCUAUCUCUUACGCCGCAGCCUGAUCCAACAGGGACCAAUCCUUUGCUGCUGGUCAUCAAUGUUCCUCCUCCUACGACUGAGUCGCGACGCGCGGCGGUGACGGAAGCCGUGAAGGCGGGUGAAAAGGCGGCAACGGGGGUAAGGGAUGCGAGGGGGAAGCAGCAGAAAAAGAUGCGAGCAAUGCAGUUGGACAAGAGUGCGAGACCGGAUGAUUUGAAGAAGGCGCAGGGGAUGAUGGAGAAGGUUGUGGAGAAGGGACAGGCCGAGAUGAAGAGGGUUGUUGAUGCUGCGAAGAAGGUGUUGGAGAGUGGAUGAUUCGUCGUCCUGGGCGGGUCGUUGAGUCGACUGCGGCGAAGACUAGCUCACGACUCGGGGCCUAGCAGUUUGGAGAGAGCGAUGCUGGACUUCGAACGGCGCCACUUCGAAUGCUUCAUCAAGCACUCGACGAAGCCCAAGCCUACCCGACAGAGCUUCGGGAACUCGCAGGCGCAUUGAGCAAGCCCGAAUGGCUACUCUCCGGAUACUCAUGAGUCUGCAAAAUCAGAAG